AUGAUGCUUUGUGACACAUUUGACAUAGAUGAAAUAAAAGAAGCAGUAUGGGCGUGUGACAGUGAUAAGAGUCCGGGGCCAGAUGGAUUCAAUUUCCGAUUCAUAAAGAAGUUCUGGGAUGUUUUGAAGAUGGAUAUUCAGAUGAUGGUAGAUGAAUUCCAUAAAUUUGGGUCAUGGCCUAAGGGUUGUAAUGCAUCUUUCAUUACCUUAAUUCCAAAGGUAAACACUCCAUGUGGGUUGAAUGACUUUAGGCCAAUCUCCCUGAUUGGUUGUGCUUACAAGAUUAUAACCAAGAUGAUGGCUAACCGGCUGAAAAGGGUUCUGUCCAAGCUUAUUGACUGCAACCAAUCUGCGUUUUUGGGGGGUAGAAACAUGCUGGACAGCGUUGUGGUGGCAAAUGAGGUGAUUCACGACGUUAGGCGCAAGAAGAGGGCUACUCUAGUCUUCAAGGUGGAUUUUGAAAAGGCAUAUGACUCAAUUGAUUGGGGAUUUUUGGAAUAUAUGAUGAGAAGGAUGAUGUUCUGUGACCAGUGGAUUAAAUGGGUUAAGGGGUGUUUGUGCUCUGCUACUGUAUCAAUUUUGGUGAAUGGCAGCCCAAGUGAGGAGUUUAUUCCGGAGAAAGGUAUUCGUCAGGGUGACCCUCUUGCACCAUUCCUAUUUUUAAUUGUCGCAGAAGGUUUGAACGGCUUGGUAAAGAGGGCUGUGAGUGAGGGCAAGUUUCAUGGAGUGAAAGUUGGAGAAAAUCAGGAGGUGGACAUCUCAAUCCUUCAGUUCGCUGACGACACUCUAUUGAUGGGUGAGGCAACGGUUGGGAAUGUGGUCACUCUGAAAUGUAUACUAUGUUGCUUCGAAUUAGCUUAUGGACUGAAGAUCAAUUUUAAGAAGAGCAGUUGUGGAGGGAUAGCGGUGGACAGCAAUUUGUUGGCAAGUUUUGUUAAUAUGCUGAAUUGCAGGCUCAUGGACUUUCCGUUUACAUAUCUAGGUGUCCCAAUUGGGGGAAAUCCACGCAAAAUUGCAUUUUGGAAUUCUGUUGUUUCUAAGAUCAGGAGAGCGCGGUUGAGGGUUGGGGAUGGAGGAGCGUGUUUGUUUUGGAAGGACAGGUGGGUAGGGAAUGCAUCGUUGAGGCUGCAAUUUCCUAAGUUGUUUCAGUUAUCAAUACAGAAAAACGGUAAAAUAUGUGACAUGGGCCGGUGGCUUAAUGGAAGGUGGGGUUGGGAGUUCAUGUGGAGAAGAGGAUUAAGUAGCAGGGAACAGGACCAGGUUCACGCUUUGCAACAGAUGCUGAUACCUAUUAGUUUGCAGCAGGGUACUGGGGACAAGUGGAGAUGGAUUCAUGAGGCUGAUGGGGUUUAUACGGUCAGCUCUGCAUAUGUGUACUUACUGGACCCAAUUGCUGAUAUGGAAGAGUUGGUUUUCAAAAACGCGUGGUCAGGAAUUGCUCCAUCAAAUGUGAGCGCCUUUGUGUGGAGGGUGUUACUUGACAGAGUACAAACCAAGGUCAAUCUUCAACGCAGGAAUAUAAUUAGUGGUGAGGAGGCUGUGAGAUGUGAUCUGUGUCAUGAUGCAGAGGAAAGUACACGUCAUUUGUUUUUCUCUUGUAACCGUGUGGCACCUUUAUGGAACUCGUGUUAUAGGUGGAUUGGCUUGGUGACAGUGUUACCUGAAGAUAGACUCACACAUAUUAUGCAGCAUGAUAUUCCAUUCCUUUCACAGAAGCAAAAUGAUUGCUGGAGGGCGGUUUGGAAUUCUACAAUUUGGUCAAUUUGGAUUGCUAGGAAUGGUGUGUUGUUUCGUGAUGAACAGUUUGAUGAUGCUUCUUUGUUUGAACUGAUUCAGGUCAGGGCAUGGCAAUGGCUAUCCUCAAAGCCUCUCAGGGCCUGGUUUGUGAAGAGGUACAUGAAGAGGAGCAUAGACAAGUGCAUGUUGAUAGCACCAAACGGGAAACGCUUUGGUUGCACACUGUGUUGGCACGUUGUUAAUAAGAAUCAAUGUGCUGUUGGAAAGGGAUGGCACACAUAUGUUAUUGAUUUGAAGCAGAUGGAAUCGAAGUAA